GUAAGCCCAUAUCUCAUGCUUUUUCAAUCGUUACCCUAAAGAAUGCAGCCAUGCUUACUUGCCUUUCAAGCAACAACUCCAAAAUACCCAAUUCUCAACCAUAAAGCUGGGUUGUUGCCUUUUGCUCAAACCUCACAUCAUCGUCUUCAUCAUUAUCAUCAAGAUCUUGCAAGUUCUCUUCCAUUCAUCAUUAUCAUCAAGAUCUUGCAAGUUCUCUUCCAAUGAAUUCAGCCAAUGAAAUCAUAACUGGAGAGGUUGAAUCUGUUGAAAUUUCGAUCCAAAACCUCUUAAAGAGUUGGCACAGAAGGCAAAUAUGGCGACACUUUUGUCUCUUCCGUCCAAAAAAUCAACAGAUGAUCAUCACCGGCAAGAAACAAUGGAGAAUUACCAUAACUAAUUUCCUAGAGUCGUACCCAGUCCAUGUCUUCACCAUUCUCUUACUUUCUUUGGACAUCCUAUUCACUUCCCUUGAACUAUCUUCAUCUCUGCUCUCCUGCAAAUCUGACAAGAAAAUCGAGAACGGGAAUGAGUGGUACCGUUGGGGAGGAACAGUGAUACUGAGCAUUCUAGCCGCCAAAUCCAUAGCCUUAUCCAUUGGAAUGGGCAUCUCAUUCUUUCGACGCCCGGGUUGUGUGGUGGAUGGUGCAGGAGCCAUCGGAGCCUUGGUUCUACAAGUGUUUCUCCAGACAAAGGGGGCCGGCCUAAUCGUGGUGGUUUGCUUGUGGAGGGUACUCAGGGUUGUAGAGACUGCGUUUGAGCUGAGUGACGAAGCCAUUGAGGUGCAGAUAGAUGGCAUCAUUGCCCAGUUUCGGGUUCUUAGUGAAGAGAAUAGACAACUCUUAGAGACUAUAGCAGAGAAAGACGAUGUAAUAAAGAAGCUAGAUGAAGAGCUAAAUCAAUACAAAGAGAUGGUGGUUGUUUUACUGCAGCGUCAAAGCGAGGCUACAUAAUGAAGAAUUUAACCCGUCUUCUAGUCCUAAUGGAAUGUAUAUCCCAUAAUAGAUAGGCCUCUACAAAACAACCAAAUCAAAACAUGAAGCAAGAAAUUGCGCCAUAAAUAAGCAAAAAAAUUGAUGCAAAAGGAAUCAUACUUUUCAAAUCACAGAAUCAGAGGCUGGAAGAAAUGGAGCAUAGUCAAGGUAAUGCUGAUUGCAUUUCACUCUUGCGAGCAAUUACGCGUUUGUGUUUCCACAAGUACAAGGUCACAGUCACAGAGCCCUUUGGACUCCGAGUUUCCUAUUCUUGGUUUUAAGACGUAAGUCCUAAGUUGUGCUUGAAUCCCCUACAACCAAAAGCGGCUUACAAGUGAGAUUACGAAACCAGCUGCAUUUUUCAGCCUUAACCGAUCACCAAUCUCUUUUUUUUUUCCGGGUUUUAUGUCUCUUAACUGAAUGACAAAUAAGGGUUGAGAAACUUCACAAAAGUUGACAAUAUUUGCCAGUAGAA